AUGGUCGAUGACGAUGAGAAAUUCAAACCUACGUUACGAGAUCGCUUCUCAAGAAACAAUAUGCGAGAUGCCUUCGGCCUGGCAUUCAUGGUAAUCGGUCUUCUUAGCGUAUUCAUCAUGUUGCCAGUGCUCAGCUGGUCAGGCAUCAAUAUCAUUGGGUACAACGAUACACCACUGGACCAGAUGUGGGGAUAUGGCGACAAUGAAGUCACGUGGGCCACAGUCAACGCGAGUCGAAAAUGGCCACUUCUGAAAAACAUGCGUACCGGUCUUAUAGACCCUGACACACCCAAGACCGAGAGGACGCGGAUUGGCGUGAACGGAGACAAACUCAACCUGGUCUUCAGCGAUGAGUUCAAUGAUAUUAACAGGACGUUCUAUCCUGGCGAUGAUCCAUUCUGGUACGCUCCAGACUUUUGGUACGGCGCGACCAGAGAUCUCGAGUGGUAUGAUCCAGACGCCGUAACCACAUGGGAUGGCGCUCUGCAUCUUCAACUUGACGCAUUCGGCAACCAUGGUCUUCAAUUUCGUAGUGGUAUGCUGAAUUCCUGGAACCAGCUCUGUUUCAAGGGUGGGAUGAUGGAAGUUUCUGUUAGUCUUCCAGGACCUGCUGGUGUUCACGCUCUCUGGCCUGGGGUAUGGAGCUUGGGCAACCUGGGACGACCAGGAUAUCUCGCCACGACGGAAGGCACAUGGCCAUAUACUUACAACGAAUGCGAUGCGGGUAUAACACCCAACCAAUCCGACAGUAGUGGCAUGAACAAGCUGCCAGGACAGAAGCUAGCCAACUGUGUCUGUCCAGGCGAAGACCACCCCACACCAGGCAAAGGGCGUGGAGCACCGGAGAUUGAUGUGAUUGAAGUUUCUGCAGACUAUUCCGGGCUUGGUCUUGGUGUGGCGACUCAAAGUUAUCAGAUUGCACCUUUUGAUGUUUGGUGGUACCCGAACGCAGACUUUAUGGAAAUCCCGGAUUAUACUCUCUCUUAUUUGAACACCUGGACCGGAGGGCCAUUUCAACAAGCAGUCUCCACAACGACGAUGCUGAACAACGGUUGGUAUGACGGAAAGGCAUAUCAACGCUAUGCUUUUGAGUAUGUUCCUGGAAACACAUCGGAGAGCUUCAUUGCGUGGACAGUGGCUGGGCAAGAAAUGAUGAAGUUUGACGCUAGAGCGAUCGGACCCAAUGGAAACGUUGGUCAGAGAAUCAUCAGUGAAGAGGUAUGUGAUGUGUCGGAUGGAUUAAGAAAGUGUACUAAUGAAUACCUCUUUAGCNCCAUGUCGAUGAUCCUCAACCUGGGCAUCUCGGAAAAUUGGGUGGCUAUCAAUUGGUCGGCAGUAUCGGUGCCAGCAAUCAUGCGCAUCGACUAUGUGAGAAUCUACCAGAGAGAAGGCGAAGAGAGUGUGACAUGCGACCCUCCUGGCUUUGAAACUACCGAAUAUAUCAAAAACCAUCCGAAGGCUUAUAAUAAUCCUAAUUACACUGUGAGUCAAGCAAUACUACAGAAUUGGGAUGUCAAGACUAACUCUAUCGCGCGCAGANCGUGGGCGGAUACUGGAUAUGAAUGGCCACGAAACUCAUUGAUGCAUGGGUGUUGA